CCCUUCCUUCAGGUGAGUCACAGAUCAUUUAGACACACCCCAGCCAGAGAGUGAGCAGAGAGAGUGAGGUUGCCUGUUCUCCCAAACUCAUCCCCAGAGCACGAUGGUACUCGUGAACGACAUUCUCAGUCAAAUUGUUCAGGUGGACCGGCCAAUGGCAUGGGGUUCUCUGGCUACUUUGAAACCAUACGCGAGCUUUAAUGUCGACGAAGAUGUGGAUACGUUGAAGAAAGCAAUUGAUGCGAAAGGGGUGGACGAGGCAUCCAUUGUCCGUAUCCUGAGUAACCGGACGUUGGAGCAGAGGGAGCUCAUUGCAAAAGCUUUCGAGAAGAAAUUCAAGACUCCUCUGGAGACCGUGCUGGCGAAGAAACUCUCGGGUUACUUGGAGAACACCAUGCUCACUUUGUUAAAGUCAUCUGCAGCGCUCGAUGCUCAGGAACUGAAGGACGCAAUGAAGGGAUUGGGCACGGACGAGGACACUCUGAUCGAAAUCCUGGCCACUCGGUCCAACCGGGAGUUACAGGACAUCAAGGCCGUAUACAAGGAAAAAUUCCAGAAGGACCUGGAAAAGGACAUUGCGGCAGAUGCUACAAAAAGGUUCCAGAAACUGCUGCUCACCUUGCUGAAGGGCCGAAGAGAUGCCAACUCCAACGUCAUCAACUAUGAGCUGAUCGAGGAUGAUGCCAAAGCCUUGUACGCAGUUGCCAGUCAGAAAAAGAACCCAGAUUUUGAUGCAUGGAUACCAAUUCUGACAGAAAGGAGUCAGAACCACUUGAACAGGGUGUUCAAACUGUACAAGAUCUACAGUUCCUGCGACAUCACGGACACCAUCAAAAAACAGAUGAAGGGCGAUGAUGAGAAGGGAUUCCUUGUCCUGGUGCAAUGCAUUCAGAACAUGCCAGAGUACUUUGCUGACCGACUGUACAACUCCAUGAAGAGCCUGGGGACUCAGGACAAGAUCCUCACCAGGGUACUGGCGACGCGGUGUGAGAUUGACCUGCUGAGUAUCCGCGCUGAAUAUCGGAAAAAAUAUGGGAAGUCUCUGUACUCUGCUAUUCAGGCGGACACGAAGGGAGAUUACCAGUGCGCCUUGUUGGGCCUGUGCAGGGCUGAGGAUCUGUAAAAGCAGCACUCGGAAUUCUCGAGGGAUGAAAAGGACACCCUUUCGUGAUUCCAAAGCUGGACUGCCCCAUUCCCUCCCCAGUCCCCUACCCCUCCACCUCCGACAAUGCAGAGCUCCUCAGGACAUCUCUCUGCCUUGUGCUGUGACAGACAUGUAUGUGAACACGGAUAGACACAGGCGGACACACAGAUUCCUUUAGUGCUCACAUACACAUGCACAACAAUCUUACACGCUCUCAGUCUUUUACAUGGGUGUGUAUAUACACCACACACACACACACACACACACACACACACACACACACACGCGCGUACACACACACAUGCGCACACACACACCAUCUUUUAGACACACAUUCACAUGGUCUUUUCCACACUCUCCCACACUCACUCUAUCUCUCAUACUAUCUCUCUCACUCAUUUUCCCUCACUUUCUCUCACUCACUCACUUUCUCGCUCACUCUAACUCUCUCGCUUCCUCUCACUUACACACUCUCUGUCCCUCACUCACUUUCUCUCUCGCUCACUCUCUCUCACUCAUUCUCUCCCUCUCACUCUCUCAGGUGUGUGCCAGUUUGCGUGUGUACAUUUGUGUGCAUGUACAUUUGUGUGUGUGCCUGUUUCUCACUCUCUCUUUCACACACGCACUCACAGACACACAACACAGGCACGCAGUCACGGACACAGUCACGGACACAGACACUCACACAGACACUCACACAGACACUCACACAGACACUCACACAGACACUCACACAGACACUCACACAGACACUCACACACACUCACAUAGACAUACGCACUCACAUAGACACACACACACACAGACACUCACACAGACACACACAGACACUCACACAUACACACUCACACAGACACACUCACAUUACACACACACACACACACACACUCACUUGUGUAUGUGUGCCUGUUUGUGUGUGUAUAUACAUUUGUGUGUGUGCUUGUUUGUAUGUGUGCCUGUUUGUGUAUGUGUACAUUUGUGAGUGUCUGUGUGUCUGUGUCUGUGUGCGCGCCUGUUUGUGUGCAUACAUUUGUGUGUGCGUGUGCCUGUUUGUGUGUGUUUGUGUACAUUUGUGUAUGUGUGCCUGUUUGUGUGUGUGUGCCUGUUUGUGUACAUUUGUGUGUGUGUGUGUGCUUGUUUGUGUGUGUGCGCCUGUUUCUCACUCUCUCUUUCACACACACACACUCACAUAGACACACACGCACAGGCACACAGUCACAGACACACACACACACAGACACACACACACACACACACACAGACACUCACACAUACACAUUCACACAGACACACACACGUACACGUAGACAUUCACACAUGCACACACAUACACACACACUUGUGUGUGUGCGCCUGUUUGUAUGUGUGUGUACAUUUGUGUGUGUGCUUGUUGUGUUUGUGUACAUUUGUGUGUGCGUGCUUGUUUGUGUGUGUGCCUGCUUCUCACUUUAUCUUUCACACACACACUCACAUAGACACACACACAUACACAGACACACUCACACACACACACUCACUUGUGUAUGUGUGCCUGUUUGUGUGUGUGUGUGGACAUUUGUGUGUGUGUGCUUGUUUGUAUGUGUGCCUGUUUGUGUGUGCACAUUUGUGAGUGUUUGUGUGUGUGUACAUUUGGGUGUGUGUGUGUGUUUGUGUACAUUUGUGUGUGUGCUUGUUUGUGUGUGUGUGUGUGUGUAUGUACAUUUGUGAGUGUCUGUGUGUGUGCUUGUAUGUGUGUGCCUGUUCGUGUGUGUUUGUGCAUAUUUGUGUGUGUAUGUGCUUGUUUGUGUGUGUGUGUGUGUGUAUGUACAUUUGAGUGUGCUUGUUUGUGUGUGUGUGCUUGUUUGUGUGUGUGCCUGUUUCUCACACUCUCUUUCACACACACACACUCACAUAGACACACAACACAGGCAUGCACUCACAUACACAUUCACACAGACACACACACAGACACUCUCACACUCACACAUACACACACACACACACACACACACACACACACACACACACACACACACACUCGUGUGUGCGCACCUGUUUGUGUGUGUGUGCUUGUUUGUGGGUGCGUGUGUAUGCUUGUUUGUGUGCCUGUGUGUGUUUGUGUGUGUGUGUACAUUUGUGUGCGUGUGCCUGUUUGUGUGUGUUUGUGUACAUUUGUGUGUGUCUGUGCCUGUUUGUGUGUCUGUGCCUGUUUGUGUGUGUGUGCCUGUUUGUGUGUGUGUGUGCGCGUGCGCGCCUGUGUGUGCCUGUUUGUGUGUGCGUGCGCGCCUGUUUGUGUGUGCCUGUUUGUGCGUGUGCCUGUGUGUGUACAUUGGUGUGUGUGUGCUUGUAUGUGUACAUUUUUUUUGUGUGUGCACCUGUUUGUGUGUGUGCGUGUGUACAUUUGUGUGUGUUUGUUGUUUGUGUGUGUGCGUGUGCCUGUUUGUGUGUGUAUGUGUGUAUGCUUGUUUGUAUGCCUGUGUGUGUUUGUGUGUCUGUUUGUGUGUGUGUACAUUUGUGUGUGUGCACCUGUUUGUGUGCACCUGUUUGUGUGUGCAUGUAUGUGUGUGUGUGUACAUUUGUGAGUGUCUGUGUGUGCCUGUUUGUGUGUGUGUGUGUACAUUUAUGUAUGCGUGCCUAUUUGUAUGUGUGCCUGUUUCUCACACUCUCUUUUACACAUGCACUCACAUGGACACACACACACAGGCACACAGACACAGACACAUAAACACAGACACAGACACAUAAACACAGACACAGACACAUACACACAGACACUCACACAUACACGCACACACUCACUCACACACGCACACAGACACACUCACAUAGACACACUCACACACGAACACAGACACACACUCACACAGACACACACACACAUACACACGCACACAGACACAGACACACACACUCACAAUGCACACUCACACACAUUUGUGUGUGUUUGUGUACAUUUGUGUGUGUGUGUGCUUGUUUGUGCGUGUGCCUGUUUGUGUGUGUGUGUGUACAUCUGUGUGUGUGUCUGUUUGUGUGUCUGUAUGCUUGUUUGUGUGCCUGUUUGUGUUUGUGUGUCAGUUUGUUUGUAUGUGUGUGUGUACAUUUGUGUGUGUGUGCCUGUUUGUGUGCAUGCAUGUGUACAUUUGUGUGUGUGCGCGCAUGUUUGUGUGUGUGCCUGUUUGUGUGUGUGUACAUUUGUGAGUGGUUGUGUGUCUGUGUGUGUGCCUGUUUGUGUGUGUUUGUGUACAUUUGUGUGUGCGUGCUUGUUUCUCACUCUUUCUUUCACGCACACACUCUCACAGACACACAGACACUCACAUAUACACACUCACAUAGACAUACACACUCGCACAGACACACACACACAUACACACUCACAAUGCACACACACACGCACGUGUGCCUGUUUGUGUGUGUGUACAUUUGUGUGUGUGUGCGUGUAUGUGUACAUUUGUGUGUGUGUGUGUGUGCCUGUUUGUGUGUGUGUGUGUGUGUGUGUACAUUUGUGAGUGGCUGUGUGUGUCUGUUUGUGUGUGUGCCUGUUUGUGUACAUUUGUGUGUGCGUGCUUGUUUGUGUGUGUUUGUGUACAUUUGUGUGUGUGUGUGUGCUGUUUCUCACUCUUUCUUUCAUACACACUCACAUAUAUACACACACACACACACACACACACACACACACACACACACACACACACACACACACAGACAUACACACUCACACAGACAUACACACUCACACAGACACGCACACACACAAUGCACACUCACACACACGUGUGCCUGUUUGUGUGCGUGUAUGUGUACAUUUGUGUGUGUGUGCGCGCAUGUUUGUGUGUGUGCCUGUUUGUGUGUGUGUGUGUACAUUUGUGAGUGGCUGUGUGUGUGCCUGUUUGUGUGUGCUUGUGUACAUUUGUGUGUGUGUGUGUGUGUGUGUGUUGUGUGUAUGUAUGUGCCUGCUUGUGUGUGUGUACAUUUGUGUGUGCAUGCUUGUUUCUCACUCUUUCUUUCACACACACACUCACAGAGACACAGGCACACACACAGACACUCACACAUACACACACACACAGACACUCACAAUGCACACUCACACACACACGUGUGCCUGUUUGUGUGUGUGUACAUUUGUGUGUGUGUGUGCUUGUUUGUAUGUGUGCCUGUUUGUGUGUGUGUACAUUUGUGUGUGUGCACCUGUUUGUGUGUGCGUGUAUGUGUGUCUGUGCCUGUGUACAUUUGUGUGUGUGCCUGUGUACAUUUGUGUGUGCCUGUUUGUGUGUGUGCCUGUUUGUGUGUGUGCCUGUUUGUGUGUGUGCCUGUUUGUGUGUGUGCACAUUUGUGUGUGUGCUUGUUUGUGUGUGUGCCUGUUUCUCAGUCUCUCUUUCACACACACACUUACAUAGACACACUCACAGACACACUCACACAUAGACACGCACACAGACACUCACACGCACACAGACACUCACUUGUGUGUGUGUGCCUGUUUGUGUGUAUGUGUACGUGUGUGUGUGCACAUGUUUGUGUAUGUGUACAUUUGUGUGUGUGUGCCUGUUUGUGUGCGUGUGUAUGCAUGCUUGUUUGUGUGCCUCUAUGUAUGUGCCUGUUUGUGUGUAUGUGUGUGUGCAUGUGUGUGUGUGUGCCUGUUUGUGUGUGUGCGCGUGCGCCUGUUUGUGUGUGUGUACAUUUUUGUGUGUAUGCUUGUUUGUGUGCGCGUGUAUGUGUACAUUUAUGUGUGUAUGCCUGUGUGUGUGUGUCCAUUUGUGAGUGUUUGUGUGUGUGUACAUUUGUGUGUGUGUGUGUGUGUGUGCCUGUUUGUGUGUGUUUGUGUACAUUUGUGUGUGCGUGUUUGUUUGUGUGCCUGUUUCUCACUCUGUGUCUUUCACACACACACUCACAUAGACACACACACACACACACACAGGCACACACACAAACACACGCACACAGACACACACACGCACACAGGCACCCACACAUUCACACAUACAAACUCAAUGCACAGACACACACACACAGACACACACACACAGACACACACACACACAUACAUACAUACAUACACAGACACUCACACACACACACUCACAUAGACACACAGACACACAGACACACUCGCACACAGACACACACACACAGAAACACAGACACUCACACACUCACAUAGACACACACACAGACACUCACACAUAUGCACUCACACAGACACGCACACUCACAGACACACACACACACACACGCACACACACACGCACUCUAGCUCUCUCUCACACUCUCUCUCAUACUUCACACACGAUAGUGAGACCAACUCAGACAGACCGCUGGUAACUGCAGGAGCCAGAGUAAUUCUGAGUGUCCCACCUCCCCCAGAACUACAAGACAACGUGCUUUAAACGUGACCAAGUGUGUUCUCUAAAGGGCGAUGCAGAGAAAUAAACAGCUCUCGAAAUCCUUCUCA